AUGGACAAGAUCGAUGCGCGCUUGGAAGCCCGGCUUAGCUCGAUGGAGGCCAAGCUCUCCGAGGAGGGUGGCCAGGGUGGCCGUGAUUCGGCAUCGCUGCGAGAGGCGCGCGGCCUCAUCGGGGCAGCCCUCAGUGAGGUGCAGGCCAACUAUCGCUCCGAGUUAGCAGAGCUGCGUUCGGAGCAGCACGAGAGCUUGCGGCAACUGGAGGAGUUGGCCUUGUCUUCACAUCAGAACGUACUGCGGGUGGAGAAGGUCGAGCGAGCAGCUCUGGCUCAGGAGCGGUGCCUGCGACGUCUAGAGGAGACAGUGGAGGCCAUGGCAGGCCCUCCCAUGGACCGAGACAGCCCGUCCUGGUUCGGUCAACUUGAAGGUGCGCUUCUGUCACUGGACCACCGCUGCAGUGAACAGCAAACGGCCACGGAGGUUCAGCUCGCGCGGCUACAGGUAGAGUGCGACGGGCUCCGGCGCCGGGCAGAGGUUAUUGGUGGCCUGCGGGAUGAUGUCCUGCAGGCAGUGCAAGAAAAAAUUGCAGCACAGCUGCACGGAAGACUUUCUAGCCGCCUGAAGCUUUGCGGCCUUGUGUCAUGUUGCACAUCUUGA